AACCCAACUGAGCUCAUUUUAGCGCCGUUGGCUGGUAGCGACGGCAGGGAAAGGAUGUCCACCUUUUGCCACAAUUUACAUUUUAGUGAAUAAAAGUUACGCAGCUAAACAAUGAAAUUGGUCAUUUCAACGAGAACACUUUUAACCAUGUGGGUUGUGAGAUCACAGUUCUGUGAAACAAGUAUGCAGCUGUGCCUGAACUGAUGUCGUCAGAGACGCUGAAAUGCAAAGCAAUUCCCAGAACACAAUUCCUGGAACUUCUGUGAACUCGUAAAGCCAAACCCACUGAGCUUUUCUUCCUCUGUUUUCGCAAAUACUGUAAAACAUAUUUUUCUUCACCACUUCAAAGACAAGGCUCUGUCUCUGGCUGAUCCGUAAUACUUUGCUGCUUGCCUUGAGAGGGAAGUCACGGUCACGACUUGAUCAUUUUCGCAUUUGUACGUUAUUGGAUUUUAUAUUUAAUAUUUUCAAUACAGCAAUUAUCGUUGCGGAUAGUAAAAUUAUAAUGAAUUUAAGUCGGUCAUUUUCUGUGAAACAAGAUUAAAUACUGUGGUUAAAUUUAAAAUUCUGUUUUCAGAUAAAUUAAAACAAAAUAGAUAUAGCUAUCGGUAUCUUUUUUCUCUCAAGCUUUUGGUUUUAAAAGGCCAGAAAUACAACCUCAGCGAUUGGACAAACUCAGGGAAAUCUUCGCUAUCUGUGAUGAUUCUAUGCGUACAAGGCCCCAGGGGUCUGCUGCCUGUUCCAACUACUGAGGCGGUUCCAUUUACCAUGCGGACCGAUACACACCUUGGGUUCUCCUCAUCCACUCCCACCUCCUGCUGCCUGCAUAGCCCUCCCAAGUUGUGGGACCCCACAGAAGACUUGCGUGCCAUUGCCCAGACCUUCCACUACCUGGAUAUCUCAGGGUGGUACUGGGGUGCCAUUACAGCAAGUGAGGCACAGUCAGUCCUUCAGGAGGCGCAGGAGGGGACCUUCCUCAUUCGGGACAGCAGCCACCCCUUGUACAUGCUGACCCUGUCUGUGAAGACAGGACGUGGCCCCACCAAUGUGCGAAUUGAGUACAGCCAUGGACGUUUCCGUCUGGACUCCAGCUCUCUAGCCAAACCCCGGCUACUAGCAUUUCCAGAUGUGGCCAGCCUUGUGCAGCAUUAUGUAGGGUCAAGCCAGGGCGAGUUGGCGUGCAAAGAGGACCAACCAACGCCCAAGGAUAGUGCAUUGCUCCUGAAACUGGCUCGUCCACUCAACCGCCACAAGUCCUGCCCUUCCCUACAGCACCUCACACGACUCACAAUCAACCGCCUCACCGACUCUCCUGACCAGCUUCCCCUGCCUCGUCCUCUACAACGCUACCUGAAAGAUUACCCCUUCCAUCUUUGAAACACCCAGCACCCCCUUGGGGACGUGGUGGCUCCCAGCACACCUGACGCUGUGAUGGGAUACGGAUCUGGCACAGUGAGAUUCUGGUAUGAGUACCAUGUGAUGUAAUUGCAUUACCACUGGAAGGCUGCAGCACUGAGCUGAAUGGGGGUUGGGAGGGAAUAUGAUAGUCCUGUCACAGAGAACACGCUGUACAUAUUCAGGUAUGAUCAGAUGAUCAUAUUCUGGGCACAGUUCCCUCCUUAGGACCGGGUAGUAUGUCAAAGAUGUGUUGCUCCAGGUUCUAGCUUAAUUUGUCCCCCAAAUGAGUCAGUCAAGAAGGCAUACCUCCUCACAACCAUAAAGCCUGCAGGACCAGUUUGCUGUGACCUGUUUGCUCUGGACUGAACCAGUUUGUUUUUAUGGAAAUUUUUUAUGAACACUUUUUUAUCAAUCUUGAAUUCAUGUGAUUAUUCCACAAUGUGGCUGUUUGUACACAGUAAUAAAAAAUAUAUUUUCUAAAAAAAAAAAUAUCGCAAAUGAUGUCCUGUUUAUUUCUUAUCUGUUCAUGUACUGUGGCUAAAUUCUCAGCACUUCUGCAUAUAAUCUGAUUACAUAAAGAAACGUACGCAAGAAAAUAUCUCAAUGGAAAUUGUGACUAUGUACCCACAAAUAUGUGGUAAGCGACUUAGAAAAUGCUUCAACCAAGUGGGAUUUGGAAUUUAACAGUUCAUGAAAGGAUAGUACACAUUUGCUUAUUUGCUUACAGUAUGAAAUAAAGUGCAAUACAUUAAGUUUUAUAUGGUCCAUGCAUAUAGCCUUGUUUUUAAUUUAGAAGAUACCUAAUUUCAGAACCAUUUAAUUUUUAUUAUUUUAUUGCAUAGACUAGUGUACAGGCGUAUACACUCAGUGAGCACUUUAUUAGGUAUUUAUUAGACUUAUUGGUCUUCUGCUGCUGUAGCCUGUCUACUUAGUUUGGUUAGACACGUUGUGUGUUCAGAGAUGCUCUUCUGCAUACGACUGUUGUAAUGGUUAUCUGCAUACGACUGUUGUAAUGGUUAUUUGCAUUACUGUCACCUUCCUGUCAGCUUCGACCAGUCUGGCUCUUUUCCUCUGACCUCUCUCAACAACACAUUUUUGCCUGCAAAACUGCUGCUCACUGGAUGUUUUUUGUUUUUGGCACCAACAAUCAUUCCACAGUCAAAGUGACUUGGAUCACAUUUCUUCCCUAUUCUGACAUUUGGUCUGAAAAACAGCUGAACCUUCUGACUAAGUCUGCAUGCUUUUUAUGCAUUUAGUUGCUGCCACAUAAUUGACUGAU